GUUUGUGGUAAUGGUAUAUCACAGAUUUCUUGUCUCAUGUCUUUUACUAUGAAUAUUGUAUUUUGCUGGGAUAGACGCAGAUCAUUUUAAUACGGCUCAGCUUGACUCAAGUCGAUAAUUUUUUACAUUCGAGAGGAAGAAAGACAUGUGUCCAAAGGAUGCACAUAGCCUAAAAUAAUGUUUUUUUCUCGCUCCCUUCGAAUGCCAUAAUGUGGAAAUGGAGUUUCCAACUGAGACAGGAGUUACGAUUUUAAAAUGUAGACAUUUGCAUUUAACCAAGAGAAAAGGAUAAGCACUAAUUAUGUUUUGUGCAAAAUUGAAAGACCUGAAAAUCUCUGGAGAAUGCCCAUUCUCCGGUGUCGCUAGUGGGGAAGAACCCGAAGACUUUGAGGAAUGUAUAAGGGACCAUACCGCCGAUGUACUGCCAAUUUCCAAGGAUGUGUAUGGAAAAACAUCCGAAGUGCUACCUCAAAGGAAGACAAGCAGAACUAGAGUCAAUCUUCAUUCAUUAGGGGAGAGCAUCCGCAAAUUGGCAUGUCCUGAGUUUCAAAGACUGCAUACUGCAUUUCUACAAAUGAUGAAACAGCAUACAUUAAACAAAAAAUGCCCAACAGUGUGUUACUCAGACAUCUGCCAGGAUAGGAGCUUUGAUCGAACAGAGCAUUUACUGGAGAUCAUGAAGACUUAUUCUCUCAAAACAGGUAUAAACAUGGAUGCUUUGAAAGUCUCUCUUGGAGAAGAGCUUUUCAAAACGUGCUUUGAGGAGGACGGACACAUUCUGCAGGUUGUAGGGGGAGCACUCAGCGACUUUCUGAACAGCUUCAAUGUCCUGUUGAAACAGAACAGUGCCCCAGCUACGCCAGGACCAGCCUUUUCAGCUGCCCCAGACAAGAGAACAGAUUAUGUAAACAAUGAAGCAGCGUCAGUGCUGUGCCUGGACAAGGAUCCGGGUCUGCUCACUGUCUAUUACUUCAACCCUGGGCCGACCACCGAGCUCUACUUUCCGGGGGUCAUCAAGGCGGCUGCACGUCUCCUUUACCACACCACCGUGGAGGUGUUGACAGACAUGGAGAUGGAGAUGGACCUUCAAGGAGGCACCAAGGAAAACGCAGCCCCAUUGCAGGCCCAGGCUGGAUUGCAGGUUGGACCCCGGCAGCCCAGCCUGCUCUACUCGGUGGUAGCAAAGGACACCAAGAGCCUGAGCCCCAGUCCUAUGAGGGCCACGUCGGCUGGCACCAUCCCCACCUCACUCUUCUCCACCACCUUCCCCUUUCAUAUCUUCCUGGAUCAGGAUCUGGGCCUGCUGCAGAUCGGGGACGGCCUCAGGAAGAGGCUUUGUCGGAAGGAUGGCCUGAGGCGGCCUGCUUCGUUCCAGGAGCACUUUGCCAUUGUCACACCACAGAUCAGGUGCACCUUUCAAGGCAUCUUGACUAUGCUGAACACACAGUUCAUAGUUCGAAUAAAACACCAAGGGGGCUCUGUGACAGAUGACACCGGGAAGCUUAUGGACUUGAAAGGCCAGAUGAUUUACAUCUCUGAAUCCAAUGCAAUCCUCUUUCUGGGCUCGCCAUGCGUAGACAAGCUGGAGGAGCUGACCGGUCGCGGGCUAUACUUAUCCGACAUUCCCAUCCACAAUGCCCUCCGCGAUGUCGUCCUGGUAGGUGAGCAGGCAAAAGCCCAGGAUGGCCUGAAGAAGCGCCUGGGAAAAGCCAAGGCGGCCUUGGAGCAUGCCCACCUAGCCCUGGAGGAAGAGAAGAAGAAGACAGUGGAUCUGCUUUUCACAAUUUUUCCAGGCACUGUGGCUCAGGAACUUUGGCAAGGCCACACGGUGGAUGCUAGGGAGUUUGAGCACGUUACCAUGUUGUUCUCAGACAUCGUGGGUUUCACGGCCGUGUGCUCAAGCUGCACGCCCAUGCAGGUUGUCACCAUGCUCAACGAGCUGUACACCCGAUUUGAUCACCACUGUGGGGAGCUGGAUGUAUACAAGGUGGAGACUAUAGGUGAUGCGUACUGUGUGGCCGGUGGCUUGCACAAGGAGAGCGAGACUCACGCUGUGCAGAUUGCACUCAUGGCACUGAAGAUGAUGGAGCUAUCCGAUGAGGUCAGGACGCCAACUGGCGAGCCGAUCAAGAUGCGGAUUGGUCUGCACACUGGUUCAGUUCUGGCUGGUGUAGUUGGAGUGAUGAUGCCACGCUACUGUUUGUUUGGCAACAACGUCACCUUGGCCAAUAAGUUUGAGUCCUGUAGCGUACCUAGAAGGAUCAACGUCAGCCCUACAACACACAGGUUACUGAAAGAUUGUCCUGAGUUUGUCUUCAUUCCACGAACCAGACAGGAUCUUCCGCCAAACUUCCCGCCGGAUAUUCCUGGUGUUUGUUACUUCUUGGAGGCUUUUGAUCAAUGGUCCGGCAAAACCACAAGAGACUGUGAGACAGAGGAGCUGUGCUACAGCAAUACAAACUUCAUGGCUGAGCAAACAUAGAUUAUAUGUUGAGACACAGCCAGACCUGGCUUCAAGUAGUAUUUUAAUCUUUGAGUGUUUGAUUUGAGCCUGUCUGGCAUAGUCAUACAACCUCUAUCAGACUUCUUUGAAAGAAAGCAAAUACAAUUUGAACCCAAUUCUAAAUAUAGCUAGCACCCAUGGAUGUAGAGUUCUUUAGGUGAUGUAGACAUUUUGAUUAUUCUAUUACAAAAUUGCUAGAGCUUGCUAUUUUUAUGCUUUCACUGGUCUAUUUAACUCAUACUUUACAAUUCAUGCAUUUCCUUACAGUGUAAUUACACUCCCUAUGUAACUACCAUGUGAAAACAUAGGCAUUGAUCACUUAUUUGGGACUUUAAGGGCAGUAAUUCAUUUUACAAAAUGAUGUAUUGGUGUUCUUACUCAGAUGCAGUUGAUCUACAAGGUAAAACCACAAUUUAUGCUUUGGUUUUGUUUAGCUUGUCUACAAAUGGUAGCUUUUUGCAUUUCUGUCCAUUGGUAUCCCUGAUAUUAGAAUUAUUUGCCUGUCUCACCUUUUGCUUAGUCUACAAUUACUGUACAUGAUAGCAACAAGAAAAACAAUAUUUAUUUUUUUAUUUUGGGUGAACCACCUUGUCAAAGAGAACUUUACAAAAAAAUGACAUGGCAUGGCCAGAACACAAAGAAUGUGCCACCAUUCCUAUAUACAUUGAAUACUGUGAUUCGUUUUGUAUUGUAACCAAGUGACAGUAAAUAUCGUCUACAUUCAAUAAAUAUUGUUUACAAAUAUUGUCUACAUUCA